CUUCCGUGAUGACUUGGACGACGCCCUCCUCUCGUCCGCUUGAGAACGGACUGUAUUCGCCAAGGAGAGACCAGAGUCAUCUUCCGUGUCAAUGCUGAGGAAAGUGAGGUGAUUCUUUACUUUUUGGAAAGUCAUUCGUCUAUCCUAGUGAAUGCGACAAUGACCACUUGGUCGUAAAUAUCGCCUUUCUGCUUCACCUCGUGCUUCAUUCAAGGUCACGAUGACAGCUGCACUGAUGCCCAUUGCUACCCCGGCGCUUCUCACAUCGCUUAGGAACCAACCGCACGUUCCGAAGCACGCGUGGUAUUUUAUUGCUGCCACGACCUUAACCAUAUUGAACCGACCAGAUGAGAUACCACAGGUCUACAAUCAUGUCAUGAAACACGGUCUUGGGCCUGAUGACGUGAAGCCAGGCCCGGAGGAACAGCUCACAGUAUUGAGGAAGCUACGUGAAGCACUUGUCAAAGCCUCUGCAGUUGGAGGCUUGCCCAAGACAAUCAACUCUCUUAUGGAGUUGAAGAAAGUGACGCCAGAGCACCUACUAGAUGAGCCGCAAGGUCCGAAUGAUGCGCUUUCUUCAUCGCCAACUGCACGGCAUGUGGACAUACACCACACACCCUCUUCCAAGAUCUUGCAGCGCGGGCAGGGCUUCUGGGACAACAUCUACGGCAAGAUAUCGAGACGUGUCAUGAGUCAGAUGGACCGGUCGGGCACAGAAGACCUCGGAUUGACCGCCCGGCUGAUGUAUGGGUAUAUCCUGAGCAAUACCAACGUUCUGUCCCCAGUGGAGACGUCGUACGUUCUCAUUGCCGGGCUGAUACCGCAGGAUGUGAAUCCUCAGCUCAAGGGUCAUCUCAGAGGCGCUCUCAACGGCGGCGCGUCUGCGGAGGAGGUGAGGGCUGUGAGAGGCAUUGUCAUGGACAUAUGCAGAGCGUCAGGCAUGGGCCAACUCGGUGAGGGCGUACCUGGCGGAUGGGGCUGGCGUAGCGAGGUUGCAACUGUAUGAUGGCUAUGUAUGCUAUGGGGCGAGAUAGAUAGGAAACGACAGUGAAGCUUUUCUCAAUCUGGAAACUCUGGAGUGGCUCAGUCACAUCAAGUGACAGCGUGUGAUAGUCAGGAAGCCCUUCCGAGGCUUCUCAGCACGGUAGAAAGCCUUGUAGGCACAAUGACAUGCCUCCCAC